GCCGGCUCCUUUAAGCGUUAGGAGGGAGUCGGAGGCGAGGGGAGUCGCUGGGAGAGAAAUUGGAGGAGGCAAAAAAAAAAAAAAAGAGAAGGGGAAAAAAAAACUGAAAAGCUGAAUCCCGAUCCUGGCAGGAGCAGCAGUGCUGGCGGGGAGGUGGGCUGAGCGGCGCCCCGAGGAAGCGCAUUACGUAGGCAAGCGGCUCCGCUCAACUUGCCACCUGCGCCGAGAGCCCCGCACCGCCAUGGACUGCUGCAACGAGGGCGCCUGCACGAAGCUGGAUGAGGACAUCCUGGACAUCCCUCUGGACGACCCCGACGCCAACGCGGCGGCGGCCAAGAUCCAGGCCAGCUUCCGCGGGCACAUGACCCGCAAGAAGAUCAAGGGGGGGGAGAUGGACCGGAAAGCCAAGGACGCCGAGUGCGCCAACAGCACCCGCGGCGGAGACCUGCGCAACGGCGACUAGGCCCUGCUGGACUCCCCCUGCCGAGCCCCCCCACCGCCGAGGAGCCCCUGCUUCUCCCCAUACCACCCCAGCAUGCGUCCCCCCCCCUCACCCACCCCAGCCCCAAUAAAGGUCCCUGCCAGCGGCCGCACUGUCCUUGGCGCCGAGGGGACGCGGCAGUGUCGCUCAGUGGGGUGAGAGCUGUGACAUGCAGGUGGACAGCCCGGUGUCACCAAUCGCAGCCACGUCCAGUGCGAUGUCACGCAGGGCACUGUUCAGAUGUGUGACAUCACUGCUGGACACGCGGGGCUGUCGUGAUGUCACACCCACGUGUGUGGCACGGUGUGAUGGCACUGGGGCUGGGAGCUGGCGCUGCUGUGGCAUCACUGAUGGGCGCGGGGUGGCUGCUGCGACAUCAUCCGAGUGGGUGUGACAU